UUGUUCAUUGAUUCACCAAAAGCAAAAAGAGCAGAAAGGGACAAGAUCCCCGAAAGGCGUGCCAUUUUCAGAGUCAGUUUGAGUCGUACGGUGUGUUGUUAUUAUUAUUCUUAUUAUUAUUAUUUCAUUCAUCUUUUAAACUUUUUCUCACUGAAAUGGGUAGUUGUUGAGUUGUUAUUUACUUCAACUUCGAUUAAUGGAUCUGCUCUUCUUUUCAAAUUCAAUUUGAUUCUAAAAAGUUUCUACCUUUUAGCUUUUUAGUUUAUUGGGUUUUCACCAUUUGAACAAAAAAGAAAGAGGAUGUAUCCAAGAUUGAUACACCCCCAUGAAGGGAUUGUUGGACAAGAAGAUUUGCAAGGUGGUGUUGGUGUUGGUGUCUCUAAUCAUAAGGGUGACCCUUGUCUUGUUUUGACUGCUGAUCCUAAACCUCGUCUUCGUUGGACUCAAGACCUCCAUGAACGAUUUGUUGAUGCUGUUACUCAGCUUGGAGGUGCAAGUAAAGCUACACCAAAAGCAAUCAUGCGGACCAUGAACGUCAAGGGUUUGACUCUAUUUCAUUUAAAGAGUCAUCUUCAGAAAUACAGACUUGGGAUGACGGGUUCCUAUCUUUUAGAAAGCCCUGGCACAGAUAACACUUCUCCAAAGUUGCCGACUUCCGAUACAAACGAGGGUUAUGAAAUCAAGGAAGCUUUGAGAGCGCAAAUGGAAGUGCAAAGUAAACUACAUUUGCAAGUCGAGGCAGAGAAGCACUUGCAGAUUCGCCAAGAUGCAGAGCGAAGAUACAUGGCUAUGCUCGAAAGAGCUUGCAAGAUGCUGGCUGAUCAAUUCAUUGGAGCUACGGUUAUAGACACAGACAAUCAAAAGUUCCAAGGAAUUGGAAACAAAGCACCAAGAGGCUCCUUAGUUGAUCAUCUUGGUUUUUACUCCUUGCCAUCUACUGAGGUGGCCGGAGUGAACGCUCCCGAAGAAGAAAUUCCUCCAUGUCUACCGUCCCAAAGAGCCGAUUGUUCAACUGAAAGUUGUUUAACAUCGCACGAGAGCUCUGGAGGAUUGACUUUGGAAGGAUCUCCGGGUGUCGGGAAAAGGAGAAUGCUAGGCAUGGACUCUAUGGCAGCACCUUUGAUUUGGAGUGAAGCCAAGAUGAAAACUCAAGCAAUCAAUUUAGCUCAAGGUAAUAAUCCUCUUGGGAUAACUAGGUAUGGUAUGUAAGCAUGGAAGUUCUAAUCAAUGGUUCAAUAUCUCAUAAUAUAGAGAUACCAUUGUGCUUCCUUUCUUUUCAUAUUUGAUUUCUUUAAAUUAGUAGGGAACAAAGGUGGAAUUAAUUUUUAUUAUCCAUUUUGUAAAUUCAAACUACUCUAUGGCUUUAAACAUUACAUAAAACUAGCUUUUGACCAUA